AUGGCGACGGAGGAGGACAUCGACACCCUCAAACUAUACUGGGAUCAUUUCUUCAAAGCGGAGACCGGCACUUAUGAGAAAUCGACUUGGCUGGACUUGUUCCUGGCCGAGUUCCUGAUCCGGGUCAACAACGGGGAUAAUCCCAAGGAGUUGAUCAAAUUCUGUCCCGUGAGUGGUGUAGUAACGCUGGUAGGAUGCGAGCUGCUGUGCGGGAUCCACCGCGUGACGUCAUCCAUCAACACGCAUUACUCGGUGCCACUGUUGUGUUUAGACUCGCCAUGCUCCAGCAAACCUGCCCCAUCGGGCGAUACCAUCGACUAUGUCGAUACCGAAAUCAAUCCGGAGGAACCAAAAGUUGGUCCGGCGAGUUUGUUCACCCGCAUCAACAUGCAGUCUUCAGAGGAGAUUCUGAGGAAGUACCUGCUCGGAGGCAUAGCGUGGCGGUGCCUCGUGCUGCUCAAGGCCCUCGGCGUCGAAGGCCUGUCCUGCUGUCGCCAGCUGAGCUCCGUGCUGAUCUGGUUGUUCGGCGAGUUGAACGUAGUGCACGGUACGACCACGUCUGACGCCAUUCACACGCCGUCGCCGACGCGCACCCCUAUUCACCAACUCUUCUCACACAAAAUAUGGUCAAAGCAGAAGCCUAUUGGUGUGCAGUCACCCAAGGCCCACUCUGCUGCUUCUUCAGAACGAGGAUCCGUGACUGGAAGGUCGAGGCACCAAGCACAAAUGAAGUUGGGAUCACUAGAGCGAAAGAAAAGAAGAUUCUCCAAGAAUACUGACCAGUCCUCGGAGACCGGGGACUCUAACGAUGACCUUCUAAUCCUGAACCGCUCUCUAGCCAUCAAGGUGUGCUCCCCGAACGAUGACUUCGAAUACUUCAACUCGAAUCGCUCUUCAAAUGAAUAUCCCAACGAGUCUUACUAUGGUGACCCUUAUUACACUCCACGCAAAGCCAAGCCGAAGACAGAAGAUUACAUGAACGACAAACACAGAGAAAUUAUAAACUCUGAAAUAACCACAUUUCAAUUUACUUUAAUUAUAACGGAUUUAUUACAAGAGCUCUGUAAAGCAGAAAGUAGUUUUUCCGGCUCAGAAGGAUCCCAAAUUUCCAUGCAGUGUAUUAAUUUCUCUUUAAGAAAUCUAUGUUCAUUACAAUUUACAUCAGUGCCUCAAUCCCAAAAGGACAUGACCCAAGAAGUUUCUAGAACCAAAGUGGCCCUAACUGAACUGCUCAUGGUGUCUCUAGAUCAAGUUUUGAUACAUUCGGACCUCUGUGCCAAACUCAUCAAUAACGGGAUCUUACCAAUGUUGCUAAGAAUUUUAGAAGAUGUUAUAUCAAAAUGCAAAUUGAAUAAACUCGCGCAAAAGAGUCGCAAAGACGAUAAGACUGAAUCAGAAAACUUGCUCAAAUUUGUUUUCGGGAUCGCUUACUCGAUCACAGCCUUCUUCCACUGCUUGUUAAUGCAAUGCAGGAGCGUGGAAAAACUCCGGGAAUUCACCGAUCAGUUCAAACUCUACGGGGAAUGUCUCAAAGGGGGUUUGUUAAAAGAAACCAUAGAAUUAAUGAUAAGAAUACCGGUUGGUGAUCAGGAAGAGACGGUGGUGUUGAUCAAGAAGCUUAUAGAAACUAUCGGAAAGUUAAUAGUGGGUAUGAAGAGGGUUCGAAGCGAGGUUAUACAUUCCGCGGCGUGCCCGAGGAGUAGGCACAAAGUGUGUAGACAGAGAGUUGCCGCGGGCAUGCACCAUCACCACGACAUCCUUGGCGAGGCCAGCACUGGUCUACCGAUGGCUUCAGCUUGUUGCGUAUCAGUGUUAUAUGGUACUCUAACCGCACUACUUACCGAUGACGUAGUUUCCGCCGAGGGUGUGUUAAGGAGUAAGGUAUUGAAGGUCAUGCUGAAUUCGGGCGUAUGCUGUUGCUUUUCGCCAGGGUUUUUGAUGGAGAGUAUCGUGAGAUUGAUGUUGACUCACAGCAGUGUUGCGUCUUUAUGCCUUCAAGUCUUAGAACACACUGUAUAUGGGGAAUUAGGCGCAAGUAUAUUAAUAGGCAAAGCGACGGAUGUGUUGCCCUGUUCGAUAUGUGAGCCCUGUGAUGAAAAGAAGGAUGUCGGGAGAAAGUACUGUUCUCACGGGAUCUCUCCUAUCGAAAGGCAGAGCGUCGGUUCUUUUCUUUAUCAUUAUAACUCUUUGCUGCAACUGGAUAAUCACAAUAACGUCCUGCAUGCAACAGUCAGCCAUCUUCUGCGAGUGACACCAAAAUGUCGGAUGGAAAUGAAGUGUGAACUGCUGUUUGCUGUUAUCUACCCCACUUUCAUCGUUGCUAAACACAGAUAUAUAAUCCGAACAGAAGAGUCAGCAUAUUUUUUAACAGUAUCCUGUCUAAACAUAUUUGCAAGUCUGCUCAAUACUGUGCCCUUUGCCGAACAGUUCAUACAAAAAGGCGGUCUCAGUUAUGUACUAGAAUUGGUCUCGUUAUCCGAGUUUUCCAAUCAAUGUUGUUCUAUAUUAGAAAUUGCAAUCACCGUCGAGAUAUUUAAGCUGAUGAAGGAGAAUUCAGAAAUGACUUACUUCAGAGAAAUGAGUUCUCUAGCUUCCAUCCAAAUGCUGUUCAAAUCUCUAAAAGAAAUGAUUGACAAAUGUCACAAAAUCUACAAGUUGAAGUUGCCCGCCGAUAAAUACGAAGAGUUGUGCGACGUCACAAAAGAACGUGAUAUGUUAGCGUUUAUGCCACCGGAGACGCAAACGAAAAAACCCUCUUCUCCUCAAACAAUAAAGACUACUUUCGUCCAAGAGACUGCUAUAGAUGAGUCGAUUGAAGAUCAUAUAGAGGUUUUGAAGAAUGUGUGGACGUUUUGGAAAACGUGUGCGAGUUUGUGUUUGUACAGCCCGAUGUUCAGGGAGUACGUGGUGGGGGAUGGGGUGUUCAUAGACAGUUACGCACUGCUGAAGGUGCUCGUGCACUACGUGUGCAACUGCGAGUGCGGCGCGGCCGAGAUGAGGGUGCUCAUCAAAAUUACUGAAGCGCUGCUCACCGUGCAGCUCUCUGUGUCUGACGUAACAUCAGGCCGUUCAAAGGAGACAUCUUGCACCCUGGUGCGGGCGGCCCUCUGCUACGGGGAGUUCGCGCUGGAGGGGGGCGGGGGGCUUCGCGCGCUGUGCGAGGCGCUCAUACGGGUGGCCGCCGCCAGGCCCAGCGCCACUCACGCCAUGCCUCGUUUAACGCAUGCCAAGGUGCCGCCCUUGCUGUGCGCGUCAGGGGGCAGCUCCGUGGAGUGCUCCUCCAGCGAGGACAGCGUGGCCGGGCCCUACGCCAGCGAGCACAGCGAACCUUACACGAGCCGGCCUGAUGAGGGUUACGAGGCUGACGUCGAAGUGGGUAAACUGGACCUACCACCCCUAUACAGGUUGAGGAAGUUAUCAGGGUCUUUGUCUACUUUAGCAUCAGAGAUGCAGCGAGCACCGUGCGAGCUGAGCGCGGAGUGCGCUGAGUACAACAAGGGCGCCGAGCUCGCGCACCCAGAGCUAUGCGUUAUCGUCGUCGAUAUCCUCACACAACUCAUACACAAGUUGGUGAAAUCUAAAGAAGAAGGCACGUGGAGCGGGUCGUCGUGGCGCGUGGGCGUGGGCGUAGCGCGAGCGUGGUGCGGGCGCGUGGGUGCGGCGCUGUGUCGUGCACGCGCUGCGCCACCGCCGCUGCUCCGUCGUCUGCUGGCGCCGCAACCCUCGCACCUGUUAGCCGCCUCAGACCCUACGCUCGAAGACCUGCAACGCAGUAUCUUGGAACUAAUCCACGUACUGGCCUCUCAGAGCAUCGAGCCCGCCGAGCUCGCAGCUUUCUUGAAACUGUUCACGGCCGAGCGCCCUCCGCUGGGCAUGCUCCUGAAUUCACUCCACCGAUUGGUGGCAGCGGCCAAUUACAACACACCUGAUUGUAUUCUUACUUUCCCUGUGGACUGUGAUAAUCCUGACACCAUACUGUCGGUAUCUGAGGACCUUAAAUAUUUGGUAGUAAACAAUGUGACGUCACAGAGCCACCUCGCUGAGAACUGCGCUAAAAGGUUCCACGAGGCGCACACAAGAGCUGGCAUCAAGUCGCCGUGGUCGUGCCACGCGGUGCGGUGCGGCGUGGAGGGCGCGGGCUGGGCGCCGUGGCUCGGCGGCUUCGCCAUCACCGCCUGGCUGCACACGCAGCACUCCACCACCGAGGAGCAGCAGGACCAUUGGGUUGGCAUGGACGAGUUCAGCGAUGACCUAUCCGACCCGGAGUUGAACAAGAAGAAAUCGCCGAAGACGGAGGCGUCGUGCAAACCCACAGAGUUGUCGCACGUCAUAUCCGUGGGACACGACUCGCUCAUGUUCGAGGUGUGGCUCGACACGAACACCGGCACGUUCACGUUCCGGCUGUCGCGGCCCGAGCCGGGGCUGAACCGCGUGGUGAGCGAGGCGCGCGUGCCCAGCGGCCUGGCGCCGCGCACCUGGACCUGCCUCGCGCUCAACGUCAAGGAGCUCGUCUACAAGAGGCACAUCUACAUACAGGUAACACUGUACGUCAACGGUCAUGAAUGCGAGACCGUAUCUCUACCAGUUCAAGGUAUCCUGGUCCGCAAGGUGACCCCCACCAACGUGCUGAUAGGGUCGCUGCGGCGCGGCGGGCCCGGGGCCGGGGGCGGCGCGUACCACAUGUCGGGCGUGCACGUGUACCGCGCGCCCUGCCUCAGCGUGUACACGGCGCUGCACCUCACGGCCCACGGCGCCGACCACGCCUGCCAGGUUCGAUGUGAGUUUCCGAACAUCCCGCUGGUACUGACGCCCAACAUCCUAGACUCGAAUAUUGACUGGGACCAGGUUUUCGAAAUAUCGUCAGCGACCCUACGGGAGCUGCACGACAACUUGUUGCUGACGUUCUCUGCGCACGCGCCUACCAUCAUGAAUCUGUACCACCAGACCGUGGCGCUACCAACAGUGUUCGCUGGUCGCGUUACUUCAAGCAGCCUCAUAGCGUCGACGGCCUCCAGCUUGCCGUCGUCAUCGUCAGGCGGGGUGUCAUCCAUCCCGGAGACGCUGUUCACGACGUGGGUGGGCAACGCACUGCCCAGCCGACACAGAGGUGUGGCGCCCGCCAUAUACAUGCUGGGCGGGCCUGAUGUGCUACUAUACCUUUACGCUAGGGUGGUGGAGCUGGAGGGCAGCGCGGAGGAGCAGGCGCUGGCGCUGGGCAUCGUGCUGCGCGCGUGCCGCGUGGACAACCGCCUGUACGCCAUGUUCCACGCCGACGACGCGCCCAGCCUGCUGCUCAGCGUCAUGGCCGCGCCCGCCUGCCGCGUCUCGCACCAUCUGCUCAAGGUAAUCUUAGACGAAGCGUGCAGUGCUCCAAUUCUGAGCACGUGCGCGGGCAGCGUGCAGCUGGCGGCCAGGACCGACGCUGUGCUGCUGCAGCCCGCCCUGCUCGUGCUGAUCACUAAGGCAUGGAGGUACCUGGAUACUGAAGAGCAAGUGUCGUGGGAAGUGGUGAGCUCGAGCGGGUGUCGGUCCGCGCAGCGCGGCUCGGCGUGGGCGCUGGCGCUGUGCUGCGUGCGCGCGCUGCUGCGGGACUCGCACCCGCGCCGCGCCUUCAACCACCACCAGAUGGAGCGCCUCGACCUGCUGCGGCACCUGCUGCUGGCUUGCAAGGAACGCUUUCUAAACUCGAAGUGCGGCCCCCUGGACCCAGUGGCAAGUAGCAGUCUAGUAGAGGUGGUGCGGGGGCUGGUGGGCGCGCCCCCCCUGUUGCAGCGCCUUGCCAUGCUGUGCGACUUCCUCCUACUGAUGCAUCAGGCGAGCGACACUUUCGUGACCCACUCCCGAGCCAACUUCUAUUUUCUCUUGACGGCUGAAACCCAAGAAAUGAGUGAGUUCACAUCCAACAUCACGAAAAGACGUCCUUCGAAGAGAAUCAAGAAGAGAGUCGAAGAUCGGCCCAGCGUUUCCAGCACGUCGGCGGACGAAACCACUAAUGAUGGCCUUCACGCCCUGAAGGAGAUGACUGAAUGUCGCGACGAUGAGAGAAUGGAGAGUAGCGGCAGCACGGAAUCUGCGAAGUUGAUGAAGUCGAUGAUUAACAUGCAGCUUCAGGAAGGCAGAAAACACACAGUGUCUUCUACCUCCGAUAAUUCAGACACGGCUAUUGAAGAGAAGAAAACGAAAGAAGACGUGGUUGAUAGCAAUGGAACAGGAGAGCAGAGCAAAGACAGCACAAACAGUGGUCAGGUCAAAGAUGGCAAAGUGGAGGAGUUAAAUGAGUAUAUCGUUGUGGACGUAGACGAUGUCAACCACACCACCGUGGAGAUGUACACCAGUGGGAUAUAUCAUCAGAGGCGGGUCCGCGCGGGCGCGGUGUCGGGCUGGUCGGCCUGCGAGGGACUGCUGCUACUCCUGCGCCACGCGCUGUCGCUGCUGCCCGAGCACGCCCACCAGCAGGCGGUGUGCAGCGCGGUGUGCGCGGAGAGCCUGGUGGUGCUGAGCAACCAGCGCGUGGCGCCGUGCCGCGCGGCUGCCGUGCGCGCUCUUGGCGCCCUCACGCGCCGCGCCGCGCCAGACCUGGCGCGCAAGCUGCACGCGCACCACUACUACGUGCACCUCGCCAACCAGAUAUCUCUGUACGAGGGCUCGUGGGACCUGGCCUCGGCCUGCGCCGCCCUACUCACUAAGUGUGACGUCCCGCUUGAAGAUCAACUCGAUGACGACAUCUGGGUGGACGUGGGCGAGGAAGCGCUACACCGCAGCCCGCCGCUGCUGGCGCUGCUGCCCACCUGCCUCGGGGACGUGCCGCUCGCGCACAACAUCUGCGCCCUGCUCAGGAGGCUCGUGGACAAGGCAUCUUUAAAAAUAUUAUCGGAGAUCGCUCUAGUGGAAGUGGUCGUUCGGUCCAUACGCGCCGUGGGUGAAAUGCCUGACGCCACCUUCGAGGGUCGGGAGCUGCUGCUCGAAGAUCUGUACGAGCUGCUAAACAAGGUCGCUAUUAAAGCGUUGUCGUCACAGCACAGUAUGCAGACCAUAUCAGAGCUGCAUCACCUCCUAACGUACAUAGAGAUUUGCGGAGACGAGCAGGUGCGGCGCGUGGCCAGGGACGGACAAAUAGCGCUGUUCAACGCGCAGCUCGACUACCUGGAGGACAAGCUGCACUCAUCGUACAACGCACACACCAAACAGGCGAACUACUUCACUACCGUGCUGACGUCGGCGGUGUCGCUGGGCGACGGCGCGCGGCACGAGCGCGGCGAGCUGGCGGCGCGGCACGUGGCCAGCGUGACGCGCGCCGUGCACUUCCUGCUCACGCACCCGCCGCGCCGCCCGCUGCACGCCGACGCGCUGCUCUUCGACCGCCUGCUGGCCACGCUGCUGCUCGCGGUGAGCGGAUCGGGUGGGUCUCGCGCCAAGUGGUGGGUGUCGAGCGGCGCGGAGUGGGGCAGCGCGCUGCAGGAGCUGUUCUGGUGGGGCAGCUCGCCCGCGCCCGGCACGCGCGCGCUGCACGCUCGCCUGCUGCGCGCGCUCUACCACGCGCCGCCGCACGUGCUGCAGGUGCUCACGCCCAGUGAACCCGCGCUCAUUCGCAAGCUGGCGAUCUACCUGGUGUCGAUGCUGAAGCACGUGCACCUGUCGGGCACGUUGGAGCUGGCCAUCACGGACUGGGCGCGCUCGUGGGCCGUGGGCUCGCAAGACACGUUGGCCGAGCGCGUGCAGUCCGAUGAGCUCGCGCCUGAGGCCGCCGCACUCUUGCAGCACGAUGAACGCGCCUGGGCACGACGCGCGCUACGUGCACGAGCACAAAUCGCUAAGGUGGUGUGGCGGAACGACGCGCUGGCCAGCAAGGUGACGGACAGCGCCAUGGGCGUGACGCGCGGCGUGGUGGACGCGCAGAACGGCCAGCGCAAGGCCUUCAUGGAGCACCUGCGCCGCGCGCACGCCACGCACGCCAGCGCCGCGCAGGCCUGGCAGCGCCUCAUCGACACCUACACGCACGACCAAGCGGUAUGGCACGACCCUCGCUCGUAUCCCCGCUCGUGGCAGCUAGACCCCACCGAGGGCCCGGGCCGAGUCCGCGUGAGGUUACGCCGCGCUCACCUACACAUACCUCCGAAAUUCCUCAAACCGAACCAAAGACAUAAAGCCGAGACGGCGUCGCUGUCGCCCCCCCUUCGCAGCGUGGUGGGGGGAUGGUGGGCGGUGCGAGGAGGGCUGGUGGCGCGGCUGCAGCUCAACGAGACCGUGAGCUACACCGCGCGCGUCACCUGCGUCACCGUGGCCGCCGAGCUGGACGGCGAGCUGCUGCUCAGCGACCGCUGCAUACACUUCGUGCCCGAGGACACCAGCGGCGACCGGCCUCUCAGGAAGGAUCGCUUGUACAUACCGGAGGUUCAGGCCGCCGCGGAGGCAGCGAGCUGGCCGCUAGAGUCGGUUGUACAGGUGGGGACCCGGCGCUGGUGCCUGCAGGAGCGAGCCGUAGAGCUGUUCCUCAGUUCGGGGCACGCGCAACUCUUGGCCUUCGCCGACCAAACCGAGCGUGCUGCCUUCCUCAAGGCCCUGGCUGCCUGCCAACACCCGCCCGCCAGAGUCGAACCUGACACCCUAAACGAAGCCAUGUCAGCGUGGCGGAGCCGCAGCAUCACGAACUGGGAGUACCUGAUGCGUCUCAAUGGUCUUGGAGGCAGGACCUACAACGAUCUGAUGCAGUACCCCGUGUUGCCAUUCGUGAUUGCAGACUACACCUCCAGGAUACUGGACCUGAAUGACCCGGCGUCAUUUAGGGACCUAAGUAAACCAAUGGCCAUUCAGAACAAGAAUAGAGAACAGCACUAUAUUAACAUUUAUAAUGAUCUGAAGGCAGCCCGUCGCGAGGGUUGCAGCCCCCUGCUGCUGCGCCAGCCGCACCACUACGCCUCGCUAUACUCCAACUCGGGUGGAGUCCUCCACUACCUGGUGCGGCUGCCUCCCUUCACAGAACUCUUCCUCAACUAUCAAGAUAACAACUUCGACAUGCCGGACCGCACGUUCCACUCGCUGGCGACCACGUGGCGGCUGAUCACCAACGAUUCGCCCACCGACGUCAAGGAGCUCAUCCCUGAACUGUUCUAUCUGCCGGAGCUCUUCCACAACAACGAAGGUCUGAGCCUGGGCGUGCGGCAGUGCGGGCUGGGCGUGGACUCAGUGGAGCUGCCGCCGUGGGCGCUGGACGCGCGGCUGUUCACGCUGCUGCACCGCCAGGCGCUGGAGGCGGCUCACGUCACUGAACACCUGCCGCACUGGAUCGACCUCGUCUUCGGCUACAAGCAGACCGGUCAGCCCGCUAUAGAUGCCAUCAACGUCUUCCCCGCUUGUACGUACUACGGGUUCGACCCCAUGGCGCUGGAGGACACGCUGGACCGCACGGCGGCCGCGGCCAUGGUGCGCACGUACGGGCAGGCGCCGCGCCAGCUGCUCCGCGCGCCGCACCCGCACGCGCACCACGACCUGCUGCAGCAGCCGCCGGCGCAGGCGGCGGUGUGGGCGGGCGUGGCGGGCGCGCGCUGGGGCUCGUGGUGCGGGUCGCCCGACGCGGCGCCGCCCGCGGCCGUGGCGCGCCGCGCGUGCUCGGGCGCCGCGCUGCUGCACGCGCUGCCGCACGCGCGCUCCGUGGCCGUGCUCGCGCCGCACUCCGCGCUCCUGCACCUGCAAGGCGAAGCGUUAUCAAGUGUUACUCAAAACACCGGCCAACAACCGCUCGGUCUGUUGUCGUGGGGCCACGCGGACAACAUCGUCAGGUUAAAACGCAGGCGAGAUGCACGACCAGACUUAUUGCUGCACGUGCCUGCUCUGGAUCAGAUAACGCGCGUGUCGUCCACGUACGGCAGCUCCGUGUGUCCGUACCCGCUGCUGCUGGGCUACGCGUCGGGCCUUGUGGCGGCGCUGCGCGUGCGCGCGCUGGGCGGCGUGCUGCGCGUGCGCACGGUGCGGCUGCACGCGCACGCCGCGCCCAUCAGCGCCAUCGCCGUCAGCGCCCGCGCCGCGCUGCUCGUCACCGCCUCCUGCGACGGGCUCGUCGCCGUCUGGGACCUCAACAAAUUAACAUACAUCCGAACACUCCCCAACCGGAACAUGUUAACGGUAACGUACGUAGCCAUCAGCGAGACGCUAUGUGACGUGGCCACCGUCCACGACAUGGCGUCCAGCAACGUCAACUCGGCCCCCACGGCCGAUGACGUCACCAAUGACGUCACAAGUGACGUCGACACCGAAGCCUACGAGGAAGACGCGGCUUAUAAGUACAAGUCGUUGCUAAGGGUGCAUACUGUUAACGCGAAGUUUGUUGGGAGCGUGAAGGUGGUGGAGCGCGUGACGUGCGCGUGCUACUCGAACGCGCCGGAGGGAGUGAGCGUGAACUGCGUGGCGGCCGGCCUGGACUCGGGCGGCGUGCGCCUCUACUCCUCCUGGGACCUUCGCCCCGUGCUCUACAUCCCCCCGCCUGAUGCCAAGCUGCCGCUGCUCAGCUUGACGUACAGCAGCGACUCCCAGCUGCUGUUCGGGUGCUACGAGUCGGGCGUGGUGGUGGCGUGGGAGAGCGCGCCCGCCACGCGCCCCGCGCCCGUGCGCAUCCUGCCCGCGCACGCUCUCUUCUGA